UUUGCCUGUGUCUAAUUGAAGAUCAUUGCUAUAACUGAAAAAUAAAACCAGCAUCAUGAAGCACUUCCUCAGAAUGCUUGUCCAGGUAUGCCUGUACUUCUAUUGCAAAUGCUUAUGGCGCUGCCUGAAAUUUGUGGCACGGAAACUGACUGGACGCUGUGAGCUACAAAGGAUCUGUUAUAAUAUCAAGCCUGGAGCCGAAAGAACCUUGAAAAUUGAGACAUCAUUGAGGAAUUCAAAAAACAAGUUGCUCCAAAAUUCCAUUAGCGUUCAUCCAGAUGCAAUUGAAAAAACGGUAGAUGCCAUCAUAGGCUUGAAAAAGAUUAACCCAGAUGUAAAUCCACAGCUAAGUAUAUCUCUGCAGGCCUGCCUUCUGCAGAUUGUCGGAUACAGAAAUCUGAUUGCAGAGGUGGAAAAACUGCGUCGAGAGCCAUAUGAUUCUGAAGAGGAUCAACACGAAGAAAUGCUUCUGAAGCUAUGGAAAUGCUUGAAACCUGAUUCUCCUUUGGAAGCUCGGAUUUCCAAGCAGUGGUGUGAAAUUGGUUUCCAAGGUGAUGAUCCUAAAACAGAUUUUAGAGGAAUGGGGCUCCUGGGGUUGUAUAACUUGAUAUACUUUGCUGAACAUGAUGGACCUGCAGCUCAGCAAAUUCUCUUAGACUCUCUUCAGCCCAAAUAUAGGGAAAUCACUAAAGAGGAAAUAAGCAAAUAUAGCAAGACUGAAUGGGAGAAGAAAAAGUAUGAUAAAGCUAUUGGCUAUUCCUUUGCUAUUGUUGGCAUCAACAUAACAGAACUUGCAUACAACCUGCUUGUGAGCGGUGCUCUGAAGACACAUUUCUACAAUGUUGCCCCGGAAGCUCCAACGUUAGCCCAUUUCCAGCAAACAUUUUGCUACUUGAUGCAUGAAUUUCAUAAAUUCUGGAUUGAAGAGGACCCCCUGGACAUAAUGGAGUUCAAUCGGGUGCGAGAGAAAUUCCACAAACGGAUUAUCCGGCAGCUGCAGAAUCCGAAUAUGGCAUUAUGCCCUCACUUCGCUGCCUCGGAAAGCUUGAUCAACCUGUAGCCAUUCCCAUGGUUUGAUUUGGAAACACUGCCUGGUUCUUGUGUUAUGCCACCAUCUAGAGAUAAAUUGCAGAUACAUUGAAUGAUCACAGCAAGUGCAUGCCUGCUUCUCUUGACGCAGUAUUCAUUUCUCGCGCUCUCUUUCAAGAACCGCCUCCCACUGCUCUGAGGGGAGUUUGGUUACUGUCAAAGAGAGCUCAUAUUGCAAUAUCUUGCAGUGUUAAACACUUUGAAUUGAUGUCCUGUGUUUCUUUCCUUUC